AUGGCCCUCCUCCUCCGCCGCUCGCCGGCGACCACCGCCCUCUUCCUUCUCCUCCUCCACCUCCUCGCCGCCGCGGUCACUGGGCGGCGCAGCCACGAGAUCUCCUUCCGUUCCCCCUCCCUCCGCCCCUCCUCCCUCCUCUGGGACCCCACCGCCCAGCACUUCCUCGUCGGCUCCGGCGACCUCCCCGUCGUCUCCUCCGUCUCCGACGCCGGCGUCCUCGAGACCAUCAUCAACGAUCCCCUCCUCCCCCCAAACUCCCACUUCCCCGUCAUCGCCCUCGACGACCGCCGCCGUCGCCUCCUCGCCGCCGUCGCCAGCGCCGGCGGCGACUCCGCUCACAUCGUCGCCUACGACCUGCAACUCUCCCCCCCCCACCGCCGCGUCUUCCUCUCUCCUCUCCCCUCCUCCGCCCGGCCCACCGCUGUGGCCGUCGACCCCUCCAGCGGCGCCGCCUUCGUCACCAGCUCCGGGGAUAACCUCAUCUGGAGGGUUGACAUCCAGGGAGAGGUCACCGUCUUCUCCUCGUCGGCGGCGUACGGGGAGGGCGGCCACGUGGGCCUCGCCGGAAUCGCGCGCAGCAGGAAGGGGUACUUUCUGGCCUUACAGGCGCCGCCGGGGAGGAUAUUCAGGGUGGAUGGUGAUGAUGGCGCCGCCAGGCUCGCCCUGAUCGGCGGAAACGGUGGUGCUGGUGCCGCCGCCGCCUGCAUCGCAGUGAGAAGGGACGGGUCGGCGGCGGUGGUGGGGGGAGACAAAGCCCGGAUCUUGGUCAGCGACGACGGGUGGAGCGAGGCGGCGGUGUACGACGAGGUUGCGAUCGGCGGCGGAAAGGGGCGGCGGGUUGGCGGCGUGGCGGCGCGGGAGGGGAGUGUUUAUGUUUUGGUGGCGGAGGAUGGCCACGGCGGCGACGGAUUGAGGGCGGAGCACCGGAUAGAGGAGUUGGAGUGGGAGAGGGAGAAAGAAGGGGAGUGGGUGGUGGGGCUGGUGCUGAUGGGUCUGGGCCUCGCUUACUUCCUCUACUGGAGGUUCCAGAUGGGCCGCCUUGUCACCAGCAUGAACAAGAAGAGGGCAUGA